UGUCAAUCUUCUGUCUCAGACAUCGACUUUGACAGUUUCGUAACCUUAUCCGGGAUAAACAAUCGAUUUUGUGCUGACUGCUGCUUCUUUAUAAAAUUAUAAAAAUGCAGAAAUACGAAAAACUAGAAAAGAUUGGAGAAGGUACUUAUGGAACCGUGUUUAAAGCGAAAAACAAAGAAACGCACGAAAUAGUGGCAUUAAAGCGUGUCCGGUUAGACGACGAUGAUGAGGGAGUACCAUCGUCCGCCCUUCGUGAAAUAUGUCUGCUAAAAGAAUUAAAGCAUAAGAAUAUUGUACGUCUUUAUGAUGUAUUACACAGUGAAAAAAAGUUAACUCUUGUGUUUGAGCAUUGCGAUCAAGAUUUAAAGAAAUAUUUUGACAGUCUUAAUGGCGAGAUAGACUUGGACGUUGUCAAAUCUUUCAUGUAUCAGCUGCUUCGAGGUCUCGCUUUCUGUCACAGUCAUAACGUGUUGCACCGGGAUUUAAAGCCACAGAACUUGUUGAUUAACAAAAAUGGCGAACUCAAGUUAGCCGAUUUUGGUUUGGCUAGAGCAUUUGGUAUUCCUGUGAAGUGUUAUUCAGCGGAAGUGGUGACGCUGUGGUACCGUCCCCCGGAUGUUCUGUUUGGCGCCAAGCUGUACACCACAAGCAUUGAUAUGUGGUCAGCAGGAUGCAUUUUUGCUGAGUUAGCUAAUUCAGGGCGCCCAUUGUUCCCUGGAUCUGAUGUUGAUGAUCAGCUGAAGAGGAUUUUUAAACUGCUAGGCACCCCUAAUGAAGACACUUGGCCUGGAGUGACCCAGCUGCCUGACUACAAACCCCUGCCUGUCUACCAGCCAAGCUUGGGUCUUGCACAAGUAGUCCCCCGCUUACCAGCCCGAGGUCGAGACCUCCUUGCCCGCUUGCUCACCUGUAACCCAGCACUGAGAAUGCCUGCUGAUGACGCCAUGGCUCAUGCUUACUUCCAUGACUUGAAUCCAUCAGUAAAGAAUGACAGAUGUUAACAAUCAAUCCGCCCGUAUCGGUGCACCUCAGAACUACUGGUUAGUGAUAAGAACAGUGAUGAAGUACAGGAGUGUUGUGAUGAAGAGACUUAAUUAGAGUGUAAGAAUAACAGUUUACAUGUAUGUAGAGACCCUGUGAACUUUAUAAGCCUAUGUAUUUGCAUUUCUGUUGAUUAUAUUUUCAUGUUAAGUUUUCUUUAUGAUAUUAUAUUGAAUUUACAUUGUCAUAAGUUUCAGUUUGCCAUUAGAGAUUAUUUAUUGACUUACUGUAUAUAGAAAGGGUUUGAAUUGUAUUUAGAUACAUAUAACAUAAAAGUCCUAGUGACUUCUGUUAAUCUAAUUGAUGUGUUAGUCUACAAUGAUCUCAUGCUACCUAUUAACUUGAUGUGUUGAUAAUAUGUGUCACAGAUGUGUGGUUUUUUUUUAUGUAGGUAGUUAGCUUCUUAAUAUUUAAAACCAAAUAUGCUCUUGUAAAUAUGUUUACAAAUCAAUUAUGGUACGUAAAUUAAGAUUCGUGUUUUUAAACAAAAUCUUUUAUAAUUAAGAGUAAUAAACAAUUGUAAAUUA